CUGUUUCCUGUGUUGGGGCCUUAUAUAUUCAAACAACAUAUGUUUUCGAGUUUUGCGCUCCGACACUCAAGCCAAACACUGAGAAGACAGUACGUCUCGUGCGAAAAUGGCGUAUAUCUGGAUGGCGAUUGCCCUGCUGUUGGCCUGUUCACUGACCACAGAAGCUAGGGCUAGGCGAAAAUUUAAGAAGGGGAGAAGAUGUGAGAAGAUUACGGUGUCGUCGUGUGGGAAUUUCGCGUACCAACGCACUAAAUUCCCAAAUCCUUUCACCAAUAUAACCACGCAAGACGAAACGAACAAUCUAACGGCGUUCAUACCGGCACUCACUCGACUGAACUGCACAGCAACCGACCCGAUGCCAUUCUUGUGUUCGGUUUACGUGCCCGUUUGUACCCCAGAUCUUCGGACGGUCAUUCCUCCUUGUCGAGAGUUUUGCGAAAAAGCGGUGGGCUCCUGUCCAGCUCUAAUGGUUGCCGCGUAUGGGAUACAAUGGCCUUCCCCGCUAGACUGUUCGAAUUACCCGAGCAAAAUGGGCGGUCAAGUAUGCCUUAGCAAAUUGAGAUACCGCACAAAUAAGAACAAAAACGCCAAAGAGAAGGGUAAGAAAUUUUGAAAUUGCAUUCUUGUAUUGAUAUCCUAGACAGAUCAGAAUUGAAAUCCACGUAUCUAUCUGAUAAAGGUCAAUAACUUAUAAGCGCUGAAUAGAAUUGCCUGUUCUUUAUUAAUUAAAACACCUAUUUCACUUUCGUCCUGGGAUGGUUCAUUUCAUGAUUUAUCAAAGAACGACGCGCUGUUCGAUGCAGCGCUAAGUUAUUGGUCUCGCGUAUUACACUACUUGAAGUGUGCCAAGUGCUUUUUCUCAAAUGAUUAAUUAAGUAGACAAGCCCCAAUAAGGCUGGAGUCAAACGUUCGCACUUUUCAUGCACCGAAUCUAAUACAUUUCGAUGCGACACUUGAGAGCGACAUUGGAGCGUCGUCAAAUCAAACGUCGAGCUCAAUAUGUCGCUCCAAAUGUAAAUCCCUCAUCUGAACAUUCACGAAGAGCGAUGUUUGAAUUGAUGUCGUUCCAGAGUCGUUUAAUGCCACAAGACCUGUCGUGUCAACGUCGCCCCAAAUGCCUCUGUCAAUCAAUUUCUGUGACCACAGCAGGAAUUUUGCAUAGGUAUAAAUUCGAAGUAUUGGAUGACUUGUAAGAAAUGUUUAAGGGAACUGCAUGGGCUUAAUGUUAUAUGCUGAGUCAGUUCCCUCAAAAACAUUUCUUAGAAAUCCUUCAAAAGUUAGAAUUUACCUGUGCAAAAUUCCCACUGUUGAAAAAUGAUCACAGAAACUUUGAUAGUGUAAACCGGGCUGUAUGCGGAGCAACUAUAGUUCACGAAAUGUACUAUCAAACAAAAACGAUUUUAGCACAAUUUAUGUUGACUUAUAUAAUAUAGUUUCAAUUUGGCUAUUCGUUCGACAAUGCAUCCCAAUAUUUAGACGCCAUUCGUCUGACAAAAGUAUUUCCUCGUUCUUCAAUUAAACAAGCUCAAAUGAUUCCAAAAUGAUUCCAAAAUAAUUUGCGUCGAUUUCAAGCAAUUUCUCGGUAGUCGAGUGGUGAAGGUACUCGCCUUGUACGCGCUAUUGCGGGGUUCAAAUCCAGGAAAAUGAGAUUCGGUGUUGGAUGAAUAUCCACAGGGCUCAAAUUUUUUCGCCUGCGCUACAGUAGGCUCGUGUCACAUUUCAGAAUAAAUUACGGCUUCUUCCUAUAGCUUCUAAAUGACUUCACUGAUCUACUAAAGGCACGCAGAGAGACACGGGUGACUCGUUUAGACUGCGGUCUGAUAAUUUGUCUAUGUAUAAAUGCGGCAAGCAGGUGAAGCAGCCUUAUCACACGUAUUUUAUAUAUUUAUGAUUUACAUUUGGAGCGACAUAUUGAGUUCGACCUACAUAUGUUUGCUUGUAACUCUGAAUUCGUUUUAACGGAAAAUAAUUGCCACGGUGGAACAAGGAAGUGUUCAUUUGGUGCACUGUAGUGCCAAUUCCAAAUGCGAGGGGAAGCAAGUAAUGUUUUUUGGUCUUUGCAUGGGGUAUUAUUAAAUGCAAAUUUCAUGGCCCUGUGGGCACGCAUAUAUCCAAUGUUGGCUGGUGUUCAAAGUAUACAAUUUGUUUAUUGCGAAAUGAGAAUAACUCCCCAUAAAAGGCUAAGAGGAUACUUGGGAGCCAACCAAACUUUUCAAAACAAACACGCUAUUAAGCCAAUGGAUAUGAUUUUGUAAAGAGUGACUAUUGAUUAAAGUAGCGAGUUUCUUGAAGAAUAUUUAUUUUGAAGACUUUAACUCGAGGCCACUCAUAAGUCAUGUACUCGAUCGGAAACUCAAUUCUCAGGCCAACAGUAUACCGCUAAAAUAAAUGUUUUUUCUUAUCAAAUGUAAAAUUAGAAUACACAUAAAACUUUUUCUUGUAAACAGGCAAAUUGUUUGUUUGUUUGUUUGGUUCUCAUAGGCUAAUAAAUCGAUAACAUUUUAUUGAAUUUGCACUAAAAUUGGAUGAAAAUUUUAUCAAAAUUUUGUCUUGCAUGCCAACUAAAAUAAUUCAAUCCAUACAAUUGUCUGUGAACAGUCAUCACUCUAUUAGCAAGAUAUCCCAUAACCCAAGGCAAGAUAUAUUGAACAGAAUUUUGUCAGAGUUUAAAGGUUCAUUUCUACUCGAGAAAAAUUUCCACGGGCAGAAAAUUUUCCGCAAAUAUCAUUGUUAAUUAAAAGUUGAAAAUUGUCAACUUCAAAAUUUUUUCCGACGGAAAAUUUGUGUCGACCAAUGACAUUUUACAAAAUUUUCUUGCUGCGGAAAAUUUUCCUGAAUGUGCCUUAAGAAUUGCUCGUAGACCAGACUGCAUAAUGCCAAAUGAGUUAAACUUUGCAGUUUUGCCACCACUGUUAUAUUAUUUAUUGACAAUCUCCGAGUCCACAUGUGCAAUGUGAACACCUUAGCAGGCGCCGAAGAUUUACGUAAAACAUCAAUAUAUUCGACAGUGUGCUUAAACAAAUACUGUAGGCAGAAGAAUGAGAAUUAUGAGAUAUUGGAUUUCGCUUAACAAAGCUAAGAAUUCCAUUCAGAUUCUUACGGACUUACGAAAUCAGUCAGUUCAAAUCCCUUCACGAAUUUGAGAUUUUAUUAAUUUUUUCGAACUUCAUUCAAAUCCUCUUUUUUUAUUUUAGUCAAGUAUUUUACACGCAAGACAGAAAAUGUCUUCCAUUUCGCCAUUUAUUACCCCCACACGGGCUAAUAAGCCCAUCGCAACUGUGAGCUAACAUAAUUUUGAAAAUAUUGUAAACUAAAGGUCUAAAACAAAAAAUAUAUCAUACCUGCAUGUGUUGGGCUUGUCUUUUGCACGAUGUGACUAGAAUGGAAAGAUCAAAUCGCUAAAAAAAGAGACAGAAAAUAAAAAUCAAGCUCUGAACAUGGGUUUGAAACACUAGAGACGAACCGGUGUAUCGACAAAACUGAGUUCUACUUUGCAGCUCAAUUAUUUGACGAAUAAUUUUGAAUAAUUUAUUUUAUAUACACGCAAAUGUUUCUGACAAAUGUUUGCUGGUUUGACCACCUUCAGGAAACAUGGCUAGGAAACGAUGUUUUCUGGUAUGCCCACCUUUGAGAAACAUGGCCAAGAAAGAAUGUUUCCUGGUUUGCCCACCUUUGGAAAACUUGGCUAGGGAACAAUGUUUCCUUGCUUGACCACCUUCAAGAGACAUGGCUAGGAAACAAUGGAACCUGGUUUCUCCACCUUUGAGAAGCAUGGAUAAGGAAACAAUGUUUCCUAGUUUGCCCACCUUUAAGAAACAACCUUUGGAAAACAUGGCCAUGGGGGGUUCCUUAGCCUGCGUGCAGCCUGACUUUAAAUGAGGAGAAGUUAGACGGCGCCAUAUAAACAGCGGAACUGGUCUUUUCAAGAUCGGGACUACAAUUCAUCCGGUUUCGUGUGAACAUGUAGACCGUACGAAUUUGAGUACGGUUCCGAAUUUAUUCCCCCGUAUGAACGCAGACUAAGCCAUUCCUAUUUGCCACAGGCAAGAAGAAGAAGCCGAAAGCAGACGAGACGAAAUGUUGUAAAUUGGGUGAAAUUACCGUGGGUAAAAAUGCGACAUGCAACCUCUCCGAUACUAUCGCAACCACGACACAACCAAAACGAUACCUGAAAGUCUUGAAAUUGUGCAAAGACUUCGAAAGCAAAUUCAAUGAAUGCUGCAGGAAAAAAGCUGUGAAGAUUCAGGAACGCGAAGCCAAAAAAAAGCAGAAGAGAAAAAACAAAAAGGCGAAGAAACAACAACGGAAACUGGCUAAGAAAGGGAAGAAAGCGGGAAAACUACAGCAGAAGAAAGCAGGGAAGCAACAGAAACGGAAGCAAAAGAAAAAUGAACGAAAACAGAAAAAGGCAAAUCGUAAACAAAAGAAACAGAACAGGAAACAAAACAGGAAAGGCAAGAAAAAUGGGAGAGGUGAAUAGAAAGAUGUGGAAACACGACUUUUGACCGACAGAUAAUAUAUGGAAGAGGUUAUUUCGCUGGCCUCAGAGUGACAAAACGUAACAAAGCAACGGUUUUAGUUUUACUAACACUAACCCUAUUUCAAAAACCAACUCUAACUCUAACCUAACCCUACUCCAAGUUUGUUUCUAAACCAAUCUUGAAGGAAAAAGUUUUAACGAAAUGUCAUUCGGAGGUCAGCGAACUAACUUCUUCCAUAAUAUAUGCCUGCAUCACUGAUCUAAAAAAAUAGAACUGGAUAGUGCAUCCGAGCCGAUGGCGGCCAUCUUGAAAUGGCGGCCCACGAAGUAGACAAAUUUGGCUAACGUUUUUGCUUAUACACAGUUCACAACUUGAGAUAACUCACAUGCCUAGAUAACUAUUGUUCCAGUUACAGAAGCAUGGAAUACAACAAAGGUAACCAAGCAUCAGAGUUAUCUACAUGAGUGAAUAACUCCUAUACACAACUCUAAUGCUUAGGGCCUGUUCAUAUGGGCAAAAGUUAUACCCCGGUUAGCGGGAAACCUGUUCGACAAGUUUACAAGCGAGAUCUCGCCUUGGUAUGAAAAUGAUAUGAAAAGUUACACUGCUUUCAUACGAGACAACAAGUUUUCCCGAGUACCGAGAUCUCGCUUGUUGACACUGGCUAGAUCUCGGGGACCGGGAUAAUGUUUUUCCCAUAUGAACACAACAUUCCCGCUUAGCGGGAUAACUUUCUGUCGUGUCAGCAACUUUUCAAUUCAAUCCAUGUUCAGUGCUACGUCACAGUCGGAAACUUUACCCGGUAAGCGGGAAAACGUUUCUCCAUGUGAACAGAACAAAAGUAUUUGGCUAGUCGAAAAGUUUUCUCGUUAACCGGGAUAACUUUUACCCAUAUGAACACGCCCUUGGUUACCUUUGUUUUAUUCUAUACUUCUGUAAACUACAACAAUAGUAACUAGACAUGUGAGUUUUGUCUAUUAUUGUGGUAUUGCUGAUAUGUUAACGCCCAUUUCCACUCGAGAAAAAUUUCCGCGGACAGAAAACUUUCCAAAAAUAUCAUUGUUAAAAGUUGAAAAUUUUCAACUUCAAAAUUUUUUCCCGAUAGAAAAUUUGUGUCGGCCAAAUCACAUUUUACAAAUUUUUCUUUCCGUGGAAAAUUUUCUUGACUGGAAAUGGACGUUAACAAGUUAACAGUUUCGGGUCUUCGUUUGAAAAGGUCAUCAUUGGCUCUCUUUCUUGAAAUUGCGUUUUCUCUUUGCUAAAAACUCUUUUUCUUGUAAAUUUCCUUAAAAGUUCAGGAACUCAAUUUUAGGACUGCUAUUAGGAUGACCCCUGGUAUCGUUAAAGUUUGUGUGAGUUUUAAAAACAAAAGCAUUUUGUGCGUCGGUUUGUCCCUUAGCAAAGGCAUACUUCUAGUGUCUAGUAAUAUUUAACUGACUUUAGUGUACUAUGGGAUGCGCCAUCCAGUAGUCUUUUGCGAGCAGUGUAUGUAAGUCUGUCGGUCAAAUGUCGAUUCGGAUGACGGGAAAAAGGAACAUGGACGUUUCUUCAUUUUUUACUAUAAAACUUUACAAAUUAUAUUUUUAAGUAUAUUUGAACGUUUUGGUUUUAGUCGUAUUACAUUUGUUAUUGACAUUAUAAUGGGGAAGUAACUUGGUUGCAUGUCAGUGUCGUUCAAAUAUGUGGGGACUAAGGUACAUAAGUGUACUGUAUGUUUUUUUGCAAGAAAUAUAGUUGUAUUGAUAGUGUGUGUAGCAAAAUUAACAUUACAUGUUUAUGAAAUUAUUGUCAGGAACUCAGUGUUUGGUAUCGGAACUACGCGCAUAAAAAAAUCUCACAGCUUGUCAAGAAGAUGUGUUCUCAGCA